AUGACAACAAUUGAUACACGUUAUCGUGUUGUUGGUGAUAUAACAAUUAAAAGUAAAACAACAGCUAAUGGAAUAAUUAAAGGAAAAAAAGUUGAUAUAUCAUAUGGAAAUAAAAAAACAACUAAUUUUGAAACAAUUUCAAUUAUACAAUCACUUCAACUACUUACACCAGAAUCACCUUAUUUUCUUGUUGAAGUUCAUAAAUGUGAUCCAAAUGCAAUAUUAGCAGUUGGAAUUGCACCAUCAGAUAUUACUUCACAUGCAGGUCAAUAUAAUAAUUCUCUUGGUUAUCAUAAUAAUACAGGACGAGUGUAUACAUCAUGGAAAGUACAUGCAAAUACACUUGGACUUCAAUAUGGCAAAGGUAAUACAAUUGCAAUUUAUGUAACUUAUUUUGGUCAAUAUCUUUCAACAGCACUUCUUUAUUAUGAUAAUUUUCCAGUUGCAACUAGAUAUCAUUUUGAAUCAAAUAAAGAACGUUUUUUUCCAACAUUAACAUUUUCUGGUGGUCGUGUUGACGUUUCAGUUCUUUGGCCUGAAGCUGUUGAACAAUUACCAUCUAUUACUGAGAUUCCGAUUUCUCAAUGGAUUCGAGCACCAAUGGGUACUUAUGAUGCACAUACAGGAUUAUUUGAAAAUCGUUCAAAAUUAGAAGAUUUACCAGUACAAUCACCUAUACCAUUAGGCAAAAAUUUUCGUCAUUUUGUUGUUACACAACAAGAAGUAUCACCAACAGAUGGUAAAGGUGCCAGUGUUGGAUUAGCUACUUGUUCACCUUUAAAACCAACACCAACAUGUACAUUAAUGAAAGAUUAUUAUACAUGGUUUGCUAAAAUGAAAAUGAAAGUUGGAAAUACAAUUGGUUGGGGUGUUUUUUAUGAUGAUAAUUGUGAAGAUGAUAAAGCUGAGCAAUUAUGUCUUGUUUAUGUUAUGUUUAAUAAAUUCAUUGUUGAUGUUCUUUUUGUUUUACAACCUGAAGGUGGUUUUGUUCCUAUUGUUUUACUUCAACCAUAUGCAACAAAAGUUUCUAUUGAAAAAAAAAAUAUUUUAACAAAUGAGGAAGUAAUAAAACUUCAAGGACUUUAUAAACAAAUGUUAGGACCAGCUAUUGAUAUUCAUCAAAAAGAUAAAACUGAUCGAGAUUUAUCAAAUCAUUUGUUUCGAAAAAGUGAACAAGUUUUCUUAACUGUUGAUGAUCAUUUAUGUCGUGUAUCAAUACCAAAAACUGAAAAUGCAAUACAUUAUGUUCAAUUUCGAAAACCAUUAACAUAUGAACGACGUUUCUUUUUUGUUGAAUUAGAAAAUAUUAGUGAACUAUGUCAAGUAACAGUUGGUAUUGCAUCAUCAAAACAUGGAUUAAAUGAAGCACCUGGUUUUGUUAAUGAUUCCGUGGGAUAUAAUACAUAUACAGGAAAAUUAUAUUCAAAUCGUAAAGAUACUGGUAAUAUGCGUGGACAUCAAUGUAAAAAAGGUGAUACAAUUGGUGUUGAAAUUGAAGUAUUUGAACAAGAAAUGAGUGUUGCAUUGUUCAGUAAAAAUUUUCGACCUAUUGGUACACGUUAUUUAACAUUACGUGAUCAUUCACAAUAUUUUCCAACAAUACUUAUUGAAAAUGAUGGGGAACCUGUUGAAUUAUUAGUUUAUUGGCAAACAAGAGUUUCUGUUCCACCACAUUAUAGUGUGAGAAAUCCUGAAGAUUGGUGUUUACCAGAAGGAACAAAAAUUGAUUUAAAAGAAAAAUCUUUUAUUUUACCACAACAUAUUGAUCAUUCGUUAUGUCUUCAAGCUCCAUAUAGUUUACAUAAAAAAUAUAAUCAUUUUGAAAUUAUACUUUUGGAUAAAUUUAGUGAUAAUGAACCACCACCAGCUAUUGCUUUAUGUACGGCAUCACCACUUGAUCCACCACCAGUAUCUCAAUUUAAACAAGAUUAUUUACGUUUUUGGCCAACAGGAGAUGCUGCCAAAUAUUUAAAACAAGGUGAUAAAAUAGGUUGGGGUGUUUUAUUUCCAUCAGAAGAAGAAAGUUUUGUCGGAAAAAACAAAGAAUCAUUAAUAAUUUGUUAUUUAACUGUUAAUCGUACAGUUGGUUAUGUUCGAGUACUUUAUCAACCAAUUGGUGGUUUUUAUCCAGUUGUUAUCGCACCACCAAAUGUAAAUCGUAUAAAAAUGGAUUUUUCAGCAACACGCAUUUCAACACAAGAUUUUACUCCUGAACAAAUUAAAUCAAUUAUAUCGGAUGCUAAACAACAAAUUGAAGAAGAACAACGAUUAGCUAAAAAAUAA